UCUAAAUAAAGCCCCCGGUGACGAAUAUAAUUUUAUCUUUUCGUUUUACUUUUGUGUCGAAAGCCGCGGUUUGAAUCUUCGUUGUGAGUUUACCUAGCAGGCUGCUUGUUGUUAGAAACAUGGCGUCCUACUGCAGCCUCUCCACCUUAUUUCCUAUCCAAACUCAGCUGGACUACGCCCUGGACGACGCCGCGACACAGCAAGAGAAGGAAAAUCUUGUCUACGAGUAUUUAAAAAAGCUAGACGAGAGAGAGGACCUGAAGAUACCCGAUUUCCAGACAGGCUUGGAAUGGCUCAACACGGAGGGGCCUCUGUCUUUAAACAAGGAGCUGGCUGGCAAAGUGGUGCUGCUGGACUUCUUUACUUACUGCUGCAUCAACUGCAUGCACAUCCUGCCCGACCUGCACCGGCUAGAGAAGACGCACUCUGUCAAAGAUGGAUUGGUUAUUGUUGGUGUGCACUCAGCUAAAUUCCCCAAUGAGAAGGUCCUGGACAACGUCCGCAGCGCUGUGCUCCGCUAUGACAUCUGCCACCCAGUCGUGAACGACAGUGAAGCACACCUGUGGCAUGAACUGGAGGUGUCCUGCUGGCCCACGCUGGUCCUACUGGGCCCACGUGGCAACCUGCUCUUCUCCCUGGUGGGUGAAGGCCACCGCGACAGGCUGAUGCUUUUCACUGACAGCGCCCUCCAUCACUAUGGGGAGCAGGGUCUCCUGAAAACACACCAAGUGGGGAUCAAGCUGUACCGAGACUCGCUGCCACCCAGCGUCCUGUCUUUUCCCGGGAAGGUGGCCGUAGACGACAGCAAGAAAAGACUGGCCAUAGCGGACACUGGGCAUCACCAGAUUCUGGUGGUGUCCACAACUGGACAGCUGUUAUAUGUCAUAGGAGGGCCUAAAAGUGGGAGACAAGAUGGCGACUUGUCCGAAGCUUCCUUUAACUCCCCUCAGGGUGUGGCCAUCAAAGGGGACAUUGUAUACGUGGCUGACACCGAAAACCACCUGAUCCGAAAGAUUGACCUGUCGGAGGGAAGAGUUAGCACUCUCGCCGGAGUUGGAGCUCAAGGCACGGACAAAGAGGGCGGCGCCAUGGGACCUCAGCAGCCCAUCAGCUCUCCUUGGGAUGUGACUCUUGGCACCGCCGGCGGUGAUGAAGAUAACGUGCUGUGGAUAGCCAUGGCAGGGACCCACCAGAUCUGGGCUUUGUUCCUGGCAGAUGGGAAACUGCCCAAAGGAAGUGAGUCCAAGGCAGGGACGUGCAUGCGAUGGGCAGGCAGCGGCAACGAGGAGAACCGAAACAACGCCUACCCCCACAAGGCUGGCUUUGCUCAGCCUUCAGGCCUGGCUCCAGCCCCAGAGGAGCCCUGGGGCUGCCUGUAUGUGGCCGACAGCGAAAGCAGCACCAUCCGCACGCUGGCACUGAAGGAUGGAGCCGUCAAGUUGCUGGUCGGGGGAGAGAGAGACCCCCUGAACCUUUUCGGUUUCGGAGAUAUAGAUGGGAAAGGGGUGGACGCCAAGCUGCAGCAUCCUCUCGGCGUCGCCUGGGCUCCCGAACAAAGCCUGCUCUAUGUGGCCGACUCCUACAACCACAAGAUCAAGGUGGUGGAUCCAAAGGGAAAGCAGUGUAGCACAUUAGCAGGGACUGGAGAGGCUGGAGACAUUCUCGGCCCUGAGUUUAAUAAAUCCUGCUUCAAUGAACCCGGAGGACUCUGUGUUGGCAACAAUGGCAAGCUUCUCUACGUGGCCGAUACCAACAACCACCAAAUCAAAGUGCUGGACCUGUCCUCCAAGACUGUUUCACUGUUCCCCAUCUCCACGGAGUGCGUAGACGCGGUACCUUCAAAGCCUUUGUUGCCCAUCAAAGCCCCCACGCUGCCUAAAUCAGCCGCCAGGAAAGAAAUGCCACCAGUGGCAGUGUCAGCAGGCCAGACUCUCGUCAUGUCGCUCACACUGUCGCUUCCAGAAGGAACCAAACUUACAGAAGAGGCCCCCAGCUGCUGGGCUCUCUCAGCCGAGGGUAACGAAUGGCUGCUAGAAAGUCCGGUGGUCACUGGCGACAUCAUGGAUCUGUCGAAGCCCCUCUCCAUCUCAACCAAACUUCCAGCUACUAUGAAGGACUUAAAUGGCAACCCAAGCCUCACUCUGGGUGUAUGGGUAUACUACUGUAUGGAAGCAGGUAAAGCCUGUACAAUGAAAGCAGCCUCCUUCACCCAGCCUCUUCAAAUAAGUGCCAGUCAUGGAGAGGAAGAAAUCACUGUGGCAUUGGCUCAUGCCUUCUGAAACCUCUUAACCUGUCUGAGUCACAGCAGGCGCAGAAUCAACACCCUCUUUUACUUCUCAGCUCUGCUCCUGUUUUGUUCUGGAAGAAGCUAAUUUUUCCUGUGACUGGCUCUUUGAGAAAAAUGCAUUUCAUACAAAUCUGAUUUUCAGGGGAAUUUCAUUUCAAACUACUCAGAAGCCCCCUCCAUGAAACAUCAGCGCCAUAAUGUCCUGCACGUGACAGUUAUUCAUGGGAAUGUAACCGUUACAUCCCCAGGCAUGUUUUAAAGGAUGAACAGCCUGAAAAAUCUGUAUCCAUGUGAUAGUAUAUUUAUGCAACAAAUUCCUACAAGGACAGGCUGUACUGUGUAAUUUAGGGGGUACUAUUUCCACUCAGUGUUACCUUAUUUUAAAACAGUGCCGCAGGACUAAAUCAGUGCUGCAAAAUAAAAGAUAUUCUGAGGAUUUUAAUGAGAAACUUAUUUUGAUUAUCUAAUUGGCAGGUGGUGGUGCUGGUGUCAGUGGUGGGUAGAUGAAUAAACAGAGUCUCUGUCAUUUAAUGAUGUUGUGGAGGAUCCAAACUACUUUAAAACAUUGAAAACAAAGUAAAAGCAGAAACUCUGAUGAGCUUUAUAUUUUCACCUUCACUGCCAGACAGAUGUGAAUCUCAAAGACGAGACUGUUUACAUUCAGAUGUUGUGAGCAGAGUCUUUUUUUUUUUGACCUCCGAGAAGUAAUUAUUGAACAGUUUAUGCUUUUGAAAAAUUAGUGAAAGACUUCUGUGUGUGUUUGAAACCAUUUCUCAGAAACACUAACUUUGUUUCUGUCAGUCCCAUGAGUAAUUAAAUUGUAGGAAUUUGAAAAAAAUGGAUGUUUAAUGGAGCUGAUAUUUGAUUUAGACUCACAGAAAGCGGUUUUAUUCUGCGUUUCCUCACUCAAGCAUUGCUUCUGAAUGCUAAUAUUGAGUUACGGUCAAUUUCUCAAUAAUAUGAUCUUGGAAUCCCAAGAGGCUUUCACAGGAAUUAUUUAGAUAGGAGGAUAUAAUCUAAAACCUUUUCUUUAAAGGUAUACUAUGCAGGAAUUGUCAGUACUGUUUGCAGAGACAUUCAAACUGGGCCCCUCCUCCCUGUACUACCUGCACGUACCAUGGAUGUGUGAGACAAAUGGAUGUAGUGUUGGAGGUGGGGCCCAGUCAUUCAUAUGAAAGUUGGCGCAUGACACCAAAAAAACUAAAUUUCUGUGGUAUGAAAUUACAUGAAUCUUCUGCAUAAUUGGGCCCAUAGAACUUCUGGUUUAGCCCUCCAAUAACUUGGUGAUGAAGUGAUUUAAUUGUGCGGCUUUCUUGUAGUUUAGAAAUGUUAUUGGACGAAAUGGAUCAAAUCCCAGUAAUAAAACAAGUCAUUUAGUGGGGGUUGUGAUGCUCAAAAAACAUAUCCACUGCAUCACAUGAUGGACCCAGAUGUUGUAAUUCCACAUUUGGCCACUAUGUCAAAUAGGCUUCAAAGCGUGACACUGUUCCUGGAGGCUUGGAACGUACACUGCAAGCUGCUGUACUAUUGAACCAACGUUACAUUGUUGUAAUUAAAAAGGCGAUUCUUUAGCAAGCUAACUGAGCUAACCGCUGGCGCUGACAUGUCAAUCUUCAUUUUGUUCUUCAGUGCUCGUCAGUGAAAGUGAAAGCCAACCCCAGAUUCACCCUCGUUUUCAAGCAGGUUUUGUCCACUUGGCGUUCACCUCAAUAUUUCUGUGUUUGGUCUGCGUCUGUCUGUGAUUUUCUUUCAAUAUAGCACCUGAUCGGUACCUUGUAAAGUCCAGACCUUACCUGCGUACUGUUAUUGGCUGGGGGUUACACACCAAUGCUCAAAGGUCGCAGCCAUGAAGCUUCCUCAACUACAGCUGCAAAAAUAAUCCAAUUCAUUUAUUAGUUGUCAAAUAUAGAGUUGAUUGCGGGGUGUGCCACACGGGUUUGAAUCCAUCCCACAGCCCUUUGCUCUCUGUUUCCCAUAUCAUGUCAGUCUAUCUAUCCUCUCUAAUAAAGGCAAAAAAGCUAAAAAAAAAAUAAUGUUACAUCAAUCACUAACUAAUUUGCUAAUCAAUAACUUAGUUUGAUUAAUUAAGAAUUAAGGAAAAAACUUAAAAUCCUUUGCUUCCAGCUUCUGUAAAUAUAUUUAUUUUUUACUCCUCUGUGACAGUAAACUGAAUCUUUUUUUGGAUUAUGGACAAGACUAGACAUUUGAAGAUGUUAUCUUGUGCUUUGAAAAACACUGAUUGACAAUUUUCACCAUUUUCUCACCAGUUUAUAGAUCAGCUAUGGAUUAUUCGUGAAAAUAAUGGGCAGUAAAAAUAAUGAUUAGUUGCAGCCUUAUCCUGAACACAGCAACAUGAGAGAAAAAUGAGAAGAUACAUGCAGAUAAAUAUAAUGCCACGCACGUCUUCUGGGUCAAAAGUGAUGAUUGAGAGGGAUUACCAGGGAUUGUAUGAUUGUUUUUUUACAGAAAAUCCUGCAUAGUAUAUCUUUAAUCUCGUCCCAGCAAAAGAAAUAAUAAAAGGACAUAAAUUAAAUGUAUGUCUUGAGAGGCUGAUGAGACGUUAUCAAUGCAGAGUCUCACUAAUAUGUUACAGACUCCAGUGUACUAAAUCACAGCUUCACUUUGUGCUCUUCAAAAUAAUAUAUUACCAUGUAUAUGUUUGCUUUAGUUUACAGUCGGUGUGCUUGGAUGGUGCUUUCAGGUACACCAAUCGAGCUUUCAUAAAUAUUUGUCUACAUACUGUGUUUCACCAGUCUCAAGUUGUUUACAGAGUUCAUGCUUGCAGCUCGGAGCUGUGUUCUGUGUCUCCACUCGCUGUAUGACUGAUUAUACUUUUGAUUAAGAUUAUUCACGACACAAGGAGCCCUUUUGAUUCACGCGGCAAAGUACCACCGUUAUCUAAGUCAUGAAUAAAGUGCCUGUUUUCGAUAGGGGGGGCAGCCGCUUGUGACCUGAUGACACCGAGCGACUGCAGCUUGUGUGCAUCUUAUUAAAAUCUCUCCAACAAGCAUUUACACGCUCCAUCUCUGCUCCACAAAGAGAACAUAAUAAAAAGAGUUGCUCUAAUAAUGUUACCAUAAUACGCUGUGUAUUAUGUUAUGAAACAUGCAAUAAUAUGCUAAUGUGUUAAUGUCGUUUUCUUUUAUUGGUUUCCAAAGUGUUGAGCUGUUGUCAUAAAUGGGUCUGAGAGUGUUUCGACUGUUAUCACGUCUCGCAACAUAUUUGUGCAUGUCAGUUUUUAUUUGGUUUGGAGCACUCGGCCCAAGUGCCUUGCAACAAGGGGUGUUACUGUACGGAUGGCGUGGAUGUGAUGACACAUAAACGGCAUCAAAAGCAAUAACAAUAUAUUUCUGUAAUGGGAGGAAUGUUUUAUUCCCACAAGAUAUUUAUUUCCAAUGAACUGCAAAGCUUUGCCAGCAUGUUUUCUCAGCUUUGAUAUCCCUCUGGCGUUUUUUAAUGAGCAGUAAUGAGCUCGCUGGUGGGCAUUAAGUUCCCUGAUAUUGUUUUCUCACUUGAUUUCUCCAUCUUCUCUCUCAGUGCUGCACUUUAAAAUGCAACAGAGUAAACUAAUAAAGCAUUUUUAUCUAAG